AGGGUAUCCGAUAUAUCCCCGAUAUAUCCCCGAUAUAUCCUACUUAUCGCUUAUCGGAGGUCGGCCGAUAAUAAACCGAUAACCGAUAUUUACAACCUUGCGAAUAUAUACUCCAAUUUUACCAUUGUCCACUUAAUGCAGCCCACUAGCAAUAUAUGCGUAUUCAGCCAAAUUCUUAAAAUGACCCAAACCCUUUCUCUUCUUGGAUUAGUCUUACAUUAUCAAAAUCUGUGUGUGAGGACUUACUGAGCAUUCUGGAUCACAAGUGGUCCAACACAACAGCCAAAGACAAAGUUUAAGCACUUUUGUACAUGACGACUUCCUAAAAAGUGUACACUUUUGUAUCUCUCAUUAGGGGGUCAAAUACUAGUUAGAUAAUAACUACACACUUUCUUUUCCAUUUCACUGUGUCAAUCAAGGAAACAUGAGCAGGUUGAUUGCAACAAGAAGGGUUGCUGCAAACAUCAUUGCACCGAGACUAGCUGCAAGGACAUUCUGUAGUGAUGUACCUGUCACGUUAACCAAUGUUCCCUCAGAUAUCCAUUUGAACAAAGAGUCUGAGAGCGGGGAAGGUUCUAUGCGUGACAUUCCUCAGCAUGACAUCGCUAUUGUUGGGGGUGGGAUGGUUGGGAUGGCUCUUGCUUGUUCACUAGCAAGCAUGCCAUUGACAAAACACUUGUCUAUUGCCAUCAUUGAUAGCAAUCCUGCUUUGUUGGAUGGGCCCUCCAUUAAAGAAGAUGAUCCUCCAGAUCCAAGGGUCAGUACAGUCACACCUGCAACCAUUUCUCUCUUUAAAGGUAUUGGUGCAUGGAAAUUUGUUCAACGACAUCGCCAUGCCUAUUUUGAUAAAAUGCAGGUUUGGGAUUAUACUGGGUUCGGAUACACAAAGUACAAUGCAAGCGAUGCAGACAAAGAUGUCUUGGGAUGUGUCGUGGAGAAUAAGGUGCUACAUAAAUCUUUGUUGUCAUGUUUACAGGAAAAUGAUUUCAAGAAAACAAUCUAUCCUACAAGAUUGUCAUCCAUGUCCCUUCCAACCCGUUCCUCAGUUUCUGCUACAGGAGCCUCAGUUUCUAAUACAUCAUCAAAAGGUUUUGCAAAUUUAGCAAAGCUGGAGUUGAGUGAUGGCACAAACUUGUAUGCUAAGUUGGUGGUUGGGGCCGAUGGUUCUAAGUCACGUGUUAGGGAGUUAGCAGGAAUUAAAACCACUGGAUGGAAUUACUCGCAGAGUGCAGUCAUAUGCACUGUUGAACAUGCCACGGAAAACUUUUGUGCAUGGCAACGGUUUCUACCAGCUGGUCCAAUUGCACUUUUGCCUAUUGGCGACAACUUUAGCAACAUUGUGUGGACCAUGUCGCCCAAAGAUGCAUCAAACCAUAAAAUAAUGAAUGAAGAAGAUUUUGUGAAGGCUGUAAACCAUGCUCUUGACUCUGGAUAUGGUCCUCGUCCCGAAUCACGGGUAUUUGGUGGUGAUGUACUUUCUUCCUUUUUCAAACCAGAUGUAACAUCAUCCGUUAGUGAAGGAUUUGAACCACCGCCAAAAGUGUUGAGAUUAGCUUCAGAUAGAAUGGCUUUCCCCCUUUCUUUGAUGCAUGCAAAUCAGUAUGCAUUAAAGCGUGUAGUUUUGAUUGGUGAUGCAGCUCAUACUGUUCAUCCCUUGGCUGGUCAAGGAGUCAACAUGGGAUAUGGAGAUGUAUCUUCGCUGUCAAAUGUUAUUGCUGAUGGUGUUGCAGUAGGAUCUGAUAUUGGCGAGGUAACUUUGAUGAAAAAGUACGAAGCAGAUAGGAAAACAGCAAAUAUAGCAAUGAUGGCCGUUCUAGAUGGUUUCCAGAAAGCAUAUUCUGUUGAUUUUGGGCCACUUAAUAUAUUACGAGCUGCUGCAUUCAAUGGUGCAAAUGUUUUCGCACCAUUGAAGAGGAAUAUCAUCUCUUAUGCAUCAGGAGAGCGUAGACUGCCUUUUAUGUCAUAAUGUUGAUUGACUUUCUGUUGAAAUAAAUAUAUUACAGUAUGUAAUAGGGAAAGUCUUGCACACUGGUUGCGUAAACGGAUAUUUUACAAAGUUUCCGUAAUCUGUGCAAUAGCAAAUAUAUGAAGUGUUGAUUCAUAGUUGUGUAUUGACAGGGUGUUUAUACCUGCAUGUGAAUAAGCAAAUGUUCUUGAACAAUGAAACUUGCAGAAUUUGAUAGUAAA